AUGGCGGAAUCGCCCCACCGGCGCUCGCCCUCGUCGCUGAAUCUGCAGUGGGACUCCAAGUCGUCGCUGAAGCGGGCGAAGCAAGUGUGCUACCCAACCUCCGAAGACACGUCGGUGCGUCGGCCGAAUUCGCAUUCCUCGCUCGAGAUCCGGGAUGUGCGCUCCCUGCCGGCCCGCAUGGCUGCGCUGCUGUCAAAAUCUCGGCACCCCCCGUUGCGCAUCAAGGGGCCCUGCGCUGUGCGCGGGCUUUCCAAGGGCGUUACCCGCCCUUCCCCCUGCACCUUUAUGCGCCCUUUUCUGCACCAUUUUGCGGCUUUUUUUCCGGGUCGUUCGGGCUGGCUGGAUGAAAUUGCGGCACGCACGUGGAACGCGCAGGCCCAUGUGUUCUACCUGUGCGACCUGCUCGAAGAGGUUUCCUGCCUGCACGACCUGUGGCAACGCCAGCAGCUGUGCGACGUGGUGCUGCGCACGGGCGACGGGGGCCUGGUGGGCGCCCACAAGAUCGUGCUGGCCUCCUGCUCGCCGUUUUUCCGGGCGCUCUUCACCGGCACCGGGCAGUCGAUGCGGGAGCACCAGCAGCGGCUGACGUCGGGGCAGAGCGUGGUGGACCUGUUGGGCGUGGACAGCGCGGGGCUGGAGCGGGUCCUGGGCGCCGUGUACGCAAGAAAGCUGGAGGUUUCCCCUGAGAACUUGGAGAUUUUGUUGUCAUGCAGUAAUCAGCUGGAGGUACUUCCUGUGCAAGAAGUCUGCUGUCAGUACCUGCGGAGAUGUAUGCAGCCAGAGAACUGCCUUCAGGUGUUGCAGCUCGCUGAAAGAUACAACUGCGUCGAGCUGGAACAAGAAGUGCUUCACUACGUCUGCGGCAAGUUCUCUGACGUACUCCAACUUCCACACUGGGAGCAGUCCAUUGGACAGCUGUCAAAGAGUCUCCUCCUGGAGGUGCUACGCAGUGAUGACAUUUCUGUUGACUCGGAACUCCAAGUUCUUGAGGCUGGGCUUGCCUGGAUCAAGUCUGAUCUGUUCAGCCGCCAGGCCGAUUUUCCAGACAUUUUGGCCUCUGUGCGUAUUGCCCUGUUGCCAAGGGAGCUGGUCGUGCAUGAGGCCCAUCUACACGGACUGUCAUCCUCGGUUGUAUCUGCCAGUAUGAUGUCCUGCAGUUCGCCAAGCGAACAGAGCGACUGCACCCAUGACAAAUGGUGUGGGGUCGUUGACGAGUCAGCGAGUGAUUGGGCAGCUGUGCCCAGGCGACGGUCACCCACGGGGCUGAUGGUGGCAGGUGGCCACGAUGCUGAAUGGCGGAGCUUGAAAAUCGUAGAAGAGUACAGUCCACACAGGGACGAAUGGUCCCCGGGGCAAUCGAUGACGAUGAGCUUCUCUUUCACAGGGGCCGCUCCUGUGCCCAACGGUGUCCUUGUCGUUGGUGGUACCAUGUACAGUGCCAAUGUUUGCCGGUAUGACAAUCAAAGAAGGCAGUGGUUCAGGUGCCCACCGUUGCUGACACCAAGGGUACACUCGGCUGUGGCAUCGAUGUCAGGCUUCGCUUACGUGUUGGGAGGUCGAACCGGCGUGGGCCAAGAGCUUUGUGGCGUUGAGUGGUUCGACAGCUCUGGCAGCAGCGACAAAUCCGACGGCAAGUGGUGCCAGGGUCCGGACAUGCUGGAACCUCGCUGUGCGCUUGGGGCGGGAGCCAUAGGGGGUCACCUGUAUGCCGUUGGAGGGCAAGCCAGCCGGACUGUCCACAACUCUGCUGAGAGCUUGGACCCAGAGCGUGGUCAGUGGAGCUUGGUGUCAGCAAGGCUUGGCAGCAUGAGGAAAUAUGUAGCUGUGGGCGUGCUGGGUGGAAGGCUGUACGCUGUCGGGGGGAUGAAUGAGCAGCGUGUGCGCCUGCCAACGAUGGAAGCAUACGACCCAAGGGAGGGCAGGUGGCAGUUGCUGGGCUCCAUGCACGUGGCGCGUUCCAGCUGUGGGGUGGCUGCGUUUCAAGACAAGCUUUAUGCUGUCGGGGGAAAUGCAGGAGACGACCAAAUACACGAGACGGUAGAAUGCUACCUUCCGGAGACCAACCAGUGGGUGCCCUGUGCGUCCAUGGGCUGCGGCAGGAGCGGCCUGUCUGUCGUCGCACACUGA